GUGGCUUCAAACAGAAACAAGUAAAGCCAUCUGGCACUAUGAUCUGGGGGAAAUACUCAAAAUUUAGAAACACAGUAGUCUUGAGUCAACUCAGUCUUUUGGCACUGAGUCGAUGGUAAAUACUGCUCACAUUCGUGGUCCAAGACAACUCUUCGCUCAGCAGUAGCUCGAGUGAUAAGUAUUAGUUUCACAGUGCAGUAGCCCAUGUACGGUGUCUUCUGCCGUUCUGGAAUUUAGGAUGGCGGAAGCAGUACCCAAAAGAACAGCUGAGGAGUUGCUCUCAUCCCCGUCCAAUGCUCGUCCCGCUUAUCAAUCCAAGGCAACUGAUACCACGUCUCCAGGCAGGCGUUCUGGUCAUCGGCAUGUGUCCUCGUCUUUGUCGUGGAGCCUUGGGCAGAGGCCGACCUCCAGUACACCUUUAGGAUAUGAUUGGAUCACCAGUCGCAUCGAGCGAGAAAUGGCAGCCAGUUCCUCUGACAUGCCCUCCCAAGAUCCUGCAACGGCUGUAAAGAAGGAUGAAGAGUUCUACUCGAAACUAAACGAUUUCCGUCACGCUAACCACGAGGAGUGCUUUGCUGCACGCGCCUCGUCUGCUGCAUGUUCCCAUCCAACGGUUGCUAAGAGCAAAGCCAAGACAAAACAAGACCACACAAUCAAAUCAGACCCGGCUCAUGCAGGAUCAACUCCUUACCAGCUCGACAUGGCUGGAAGUUAUCGGCUAGGAGAACGGCUGUUGCCAGAGCCAUUACACCAUGGCGACUUGCGGACAUGUACUUUGUGCAGUAAAUCCCAGCGUACGUGUACUGCAUCAUCUAACCCCCAUGCCUAUGUUCGCGUCAGUUUCCCUCGUUCCUCACUACGGUCUUCAUACAAGUGGUCACCGUCAUCAAAACGCGCUGGUCAGCGUAGUGGUUGCGAUGAUCAUAGCUGCUGCUAUCCGGAUGGUGGUGGUAGCUUUGGGCUGGCAAAGAAUUGUCAACGGGGCUGGCAGAGCAGCAGGAUUGCAUCCAUUCCACCUGUACGUGCAAUGGACCUAUCGGACGCAUGUGGCAAGACGCUUGCGUCGUCUGUCAGUGACAUUGUGAGCGACUGUCAGCGACACCGAGUGCCGAAGUCUGUGCAGCACAGCACGCCACAGUUGCUGCGGCGCACACGAUUGCAGGGCUUGCGCUCUAGCUCCUCUGCACCAUCGACUCCCCUAGCAAGACAGCUGACCUACUAGUGCUGGCGGGAGACAGCCUGGUAUCACAGCAGUGCUGCAUCUGGUCCUUUUUUUGCUGUUGACUCGACUUCCCUCGCUAUUGUUACCAAACAACAUUGUACAUCAAUGUGCAAAUCAGAUGGGCAUGUUGAGCUACUGCCAGUAACCAUGGUAGCGUCCACGAUACUGUGAUAAACAAUCCACUUCACUGACAGUACAGCCAGUGAAGCGUAUUAGUACAUGUAUCACAAGUUGUAUUAACGUUAGUACUGUGUUCUAAUAUAUACACUAGUGACAAGGCACCUUGAGACUACGGUCUUAGUGUCAACACUCGACUACACGUGUCCACAUGGCCCCUGCUGUGGUCUUGUUGCUCCAUAAGCUGUACCUGUCUGCAAUGCAUACAGGUGCAGUAUACUAAGGCAUAUCAUGUUCUAUGCCUGCACUCUCAACACCAUCGUGGCAUUACACGCUGACGAACAGUCAAUGCAACCCACGUCGUCGCCUGGGUUACAGCACUCUGCCAAACUUGUUUACAAACACGCCACGCAUACCCCAAGGAUGAAUUUUAAUGGCGGAGAUGAUGUGUAUGUACGUCAGAACUGGAUAUGUUUAUUGGUCCAUGUGCACAUUCUUAAAAUGCAACAGUUACCGUAGGUGUUUUAGUGGAAUAUGCAGCAACUACAUGUUUGAAGGCCAAACUACAGGGUAGAAGCAUACAAGUCCCUGCCACUAUCUUGUACGAAAUACAGCAUGUUGUGCAGGAUAGUGCACAUGUACACAGACAGUGUGUUUGGAGUAUGUGGUUUUGUGCGUACAUGCAGGUAGGGUUGAGCUAUUUUGAAAGUAUUUUCGUCAGCUAUUUUCGCUAGGAUCUGUUUAGUUUUCCAUAUCUCAAAGUAGGUUCAAGCAGUGUAUUCCUAAUUUUUAGCACCAUUGAAUGGGGUCAUAUGAUUGAGUUUCUAGAAAUUGUAGGGACUUUACCCGACAACAUUGUAGGAAGAAACUGAAGCUAUAAAAUUAGGUUCUAGUGUUUUUUAUUUUUUUAUUUUUUACUGUUUGUUGUUCACUGUAAGUUAUUCUGGACAGCUGAGAUUAUUUGAAAAAUUUA